UUCCUGGCCAGGAACUGCAUUGCAGAGCGCGCGCGGGGCCGCUGGAAAAAAGAAGAGCGUCAGAUUACAGGCGGAGUAGAAAGCCCUGCUAUUGUCACCAGACUGGUUUUCCUUGAUGCAAAUCGCAAUGGCUCGCGCUUUCAAAGGCCGGAUUGAGAGACAGAGGCAGCAUUGUGACCGAGCCGCUAAGCGGAGGAGCAGGGCGCAGCACGCGGGGCCCACGGAGGCUCGCCUUCCAUCCGGCUCGACACGGCACGGCGGGGCCACACUGGGCGACUGGGGAGACGGCGGGCGCAGAUGCCCUGUGUCCAAGCCCAGUAUGGGACCUUGCCGCAAGCAGGAGGACUUUUUGAGUGCUUCACCUCUGACUUCUUGACUCCCGAUUUCAGCAAGUUCACCAUGGACCUCAACGGCACCCGGGAUCAACUCUCCUCGGCAGCCUGCACCUCCCUGCCGGGCUUCAGCAGCUUUGUGGACAGCUACAAUGGAGAAUUUGACGCUUAUCUGUGCCAGGUCAGCGCCACCAGUGAGGGCACCCCACAGAGCACAUUCAAACUCGAUGACUUUCAGGUGUACGGCUGCUACCCUGGCACCUUUAGCGCCGCCGCGGCCGCCUCUCCCCUGGAGGAGAACUUGUCGUCCUGCAGCUCGGAUUACUACGGCAGCCCGGCGUCUGCUCCUUUCUCCACGCCGGGAUACCAAGCUCAGCCUGCCCAGAUGUGGGAUGGCUCCUUCAGCCCGUAUUCUUCCCCCACUUCAUCCUAUGAAAACUUAAACUCGUGGACCGUGGACCAUCGCAAGAAUCCCCUAUCCCAGCCGUCCUUCUUCACGUUCAGCCCCGGCAUGGAACCUGACGGCCGUCUCCAGUCCCCUCUGCACGGUAUGGAGCAGCCUUUGGUGGAGCCCGAGGGUUUUGGCUUCUCUUCGCCGCAGCAUUCGCCCAUGGCCUUCUGCGCCCUUCCCAUGGAGCACCACUCCUCUGCCCUGGGCAGUCCGGUCGCGGGUGACGGUUCGCUGUCUUCACCCAAAGGCCGAAGCCCAACGUCCGAGGGCCGCUGCGCGGUGUGUGGAGACAAUGCCUCCUGCCAGCACUAUGGGGUCCGUACCUGCGAAGGAUGCAAAGGAUUCUUCAAGCGCACAGUGCAGAAGAACGCCAAGUAUGUGUGUCUCGCCAACAAAGACUGCCCUGUGGACAAGAGACGGAGGAAUCGAUGUCAGUUCUGCCGCUUCCAGAAGUGCCUCGCUGUGGGAAUGGUUAAGGAAGUGGUCCGGACGGAUAGCUUGAAAGGUCGCCGGGGCCGCCUACCUUCUAAACCCAAGAACGCCCCCGACAGCUCUGCAGUCUCGGCCCCCAUCAACAUCAUCUCGGCGCUCGUGAGGGCUCACGUGAACUCGGACCCGGAUAUCUCCAAGCUGGACUACUCCAAGUACCAGGAGUCCGUGACCAGCUUGUCUGACAAAGAAGAGGCCAGUGAUAUCCAGCAGUUCUACGACCUGCUGACCGGCUCCAUGGAGGUCAUCCGCAGAUGGGCACAGAACAUCCCUGGCUUCACCAGUUUUACUCAGGAGGACCAGGAGCUUCUUCUGGAGUCUGCCUUUGUGGAACUCUUCAUUUUGCGGCUCGCUUACCAGUCCAACCCCGAGAAGAACAAGCUGAUCUUCUGUAACGGGAUGGUGUUGCAUCGAGUGCAGUGUGUUCGAGGCUUCGGGGAGUGGAUCGACUCCAUCAUGGACUUCUCCCAGAGCCUUCACCGGAUGAGCAUUGACCUGUCAGCCUUCUCCUGCCUGGCGGCUCUUGUCCUCAUCACUGAUCGACAUGGUCUCAAGGAGCCCAAGAGGGUAGAGGAGUUCCAGAACCGCCUUGUCGCCUGCCUUAAAGAGUACGUGACGACGACCGUUUCGGAGGCCAGCCAGCCCAACUACCUUUCCAAGCUGCUGAGCAAACUGCCGGAGCUCCGGACGCUGUGCACGCAGGGCCUGCAGCGCAUCUUCUACCUGAAACUGGAAAACCUGGUGCCGCCACCCCCCAUCGUGGACAAAAUCUUCAUGGAUGCCCUUCCAUUCUGAAAGGAAUCAGACUGACCUUUUUGAGCUUACAGAGGGGCAGGAUUGUUGGGGCGGCAGUGGACGGAAAACGGUCGUCGUCGUCGUGAUGCCCGUUCCUCGCCUACCGGUGGUGGCUUGUGUGCCCGUCUGUUUAUCGAAAAAGCUGGUCCACUGGAGUUGGGGCUUUGGAGGAAUAGCCUAUAGGACAAGUGUAUAUGUGUGUACAUGUAGGAAUACCCACUAGCGCCACCCUCUGGACUGAACCGCUUGAACCAAGUGGCAUACGGGCCUGCCUGCUGCGGAGUGAAUAACCUGUGAACACAGACGCCCUGUGGAUGGAGAACAUGACUCUGCAGGCUGAAGUGCCCCCCCUUCACACAUCUGUUGGGGGGGGGGGGUCCGAUACUAAAUCCCAGGGUCAUGUGAUCUGGUUUUUGGAAUUGGUGGGGUGUCUAAUGUUUGGAGUGGGCGCACCUGUGCUUAGGCACAAAGACUGAAUGGCACGGCUGUGGCCCCCGAAGCUGGCACACAUGCACUCCCGGUUUGUAGAUAUCAAGUGACACGGGUGCCAGACUGAAUAUAAAGUUGCCUUAUGGGGGGUGGGGGGAUUUGGGUUGGGGGGGGUUAGUUACGCCAUUUCUACUUAACAGAUGGGUGCCUCGUAUGUAAUAUGACAAAACCCAAGAGCUGAGCAGCUAAGAGCUUGUACAUUAUUUAAACUCCAGUUUUGUAUGUAUAUAUUAUAUAUAUAUAUAUCAAACGA